AUGGCGGCCCAAUCUCGAUGCGAAUUCCAGUGCCGCCGCGCCGGUUGUGAGGCGGGCAGGAGGCUGAGAGCAGGGUCGCAGGUCGUUCAAACGCCUCUACAUGGCAUCAGGGCUGCUCGGCUCCGCGUCCAGAAGCGACAAGCAGCAGCGAUAUCCAAGCAAGACCCAGGCAGGGCCAUGAGACCCAAGCAGCUCCAGCAGCAAUCCCGGGAGCGCUCCGUCGGCCUAGACGACGGCUAUGCUCGUCGGCGCCCGGCCCCCUUGAAAGCCGUCGUCGCGAGGAUCGGAGUGUCUCCUGCUGGCGAACGGAUGCUUGGGACUGUCGUGAGUGGAGGAGCUGGAGGCGUUGCUCUGGUGGCCGGUUUCCACCCUGGAGGCAUGCUGGGCCCGCUGGAGACACGCUGGAGACACGCUGGUGGACACGCUGCCACUGUCCGUCAGCAGUUCGACAAGCAGCACUCCCAGCUAGCAUGCAGCCACUCGCCAGCGAUCGCCAGUCGUGACCUCGGAAUGUCUCUCUCGUCACAUCAACACCAAGCCCAGCUUCCGCAUGGCUUGCCUCAACCCCAAACAUCUGCCGCGCUACCACCUACGCUCACGUCGGAGGCCCACCGAGACUCGCGACCCGCCUCCAGCGCCUGUCGCCGUGGAGUUCUGCUCGACGUUCGAGGUCCCGCUGAGGUCACCACCGCUGGCACGGCUGCGAGUACGACAUCGUCUGAGUCGCCGAGCGCCCACGGGGCUGCGACGCGAUUCGAUGCCGCUGGCGAUUCACGCUGGGUGGCGAGCUGCCUCGUCGCUGUUUCGCGCUUGGACGACUGCUGUGCUCCCGGCGAGGGCGCGCGCUGGCGAAUGCGAAGAUGCGGUGCUGGGAGCGACCCCUGCGCACAAAUAGGCCGGAACUCGGCCGUGGCCUCUCUCGCGCCGAGUUUGGUGGUUGGUGGCUCUGGCUGCUGCUCUGGUGUCGCUCGGGCGGAUGCAUGUCGGUCACGACGGGGGGCGUUCGGACGUCACGGACGUCGCGACGGUGAGGCAAACGGAGCUGUGGUGUGGACUGCCACUACCUACCACUACUCCUGCUACUGGCGACAAGUCUGUGGGAGCGUCGCUGUUUGUAGCGGCUCGGGCGGCAUCAACGUCGCCGCGUGGGAAGCCGUCCCGCAGCAAACCACAGUUACAGUUCCAGUCGAGCGCCUCGCCUGCGCUUCACAACCGACAGCCAGCUCGUUUGGGACGAGCAGCCCCGCUCUGCAUUCGCACUGGGGUUGGCUACACGGGCGUCUAGCCAUGGGUGGAGUCCUUGGCAUGGGCAUCUAUGAGUGGUAUGAGAUUCGACUGGCUCCUAGCAGAGGCAUCUCCGAGUUGGCAGGGCUUCGACUGGCACAGCAGUGGACAUCUACGAGUUAG